AUGCGUAUGCCUUUUCACAUAACUCUCUGAACAUUUUUCACAUAACUUUAUAUCUCUUUCAAUUAAUUUUAUAUCAUUUUCAUACGAACACAAUCCGCCCUUUUCAUCCUGUAAGAAAAUAGGUCACAGUUGCUUCUUGUUCUUGCGUAGGAUGCCUGCUAUCUCAAGUCCUCAAGGUCGUAAGGCUGUACCUCCUUAACCAGUACACACACACUCAUUGUAACUCUAUAAAAACUGUUAGCUCUCUUUGUCUGCAGAUUCACUCUGUGCAGACCUUUUUGACUGUACCUUGUGCUCUCCUAAUCGCAAUUGGAAUAAACCUUUUUUGCUUAUACUCCAACGACUCAGUGAUCUUUCCUCCUUAUAACGAUUUUUGCCACUACAACACUUUAGCAGAAAUUUCAAUAAUUUCUAAUGAUUGACCUCUACUUUGAAAAAUUAAAUAGUGUAAUUAAGCUCCUUCAGGUUAAAACUCAUCAUGAAAACAAAAUGAAAUGACAAUAAAACCAUGUUUUUAAUUCACUCCUGACUGAAAGAGUGGAAAUAAAAGGAGAAAUGGAUGACAAACCUAAUAAAGUUACUCAUUAACGUCUGUGUCUUAAGGGCAUGGUGCAUGGUGGGUGUAUUAUGGUAUGUCCUGCUGCAACCUUUGCCCAGGGAGUCUUUAUUUUUUUUCAGAAGGAGCUGAAAAGGAAGUUUAAAAGUCAGGUCUCUGAGACAAACACCUGCUCUCUGUCAGUGAUCUUAUUCUGUACAGGUUUUCCCUCAGGACAUAGAGAUGGGCCGGUGGAGCUGCUUCCUCUUUGUUGUGUUCUUUCUUUGUGGAGCUUUUAUCAGAGAAGCUUGUCCAGCUGCUAUAUCUGAUGCAGGGGGACACAACGGCGCCGAGAGACGUCUUCUGAUGGAAGACGACGAUCACACCAACAAUAACGGCACUUUACUGCGAAAGGCAGCCGAUCCAGAUGAGGGCCCAAAGUCCCUGGAGUGGUCCUAUCUGGCUGCAGGUCUGGGCACAGUCCUCACCAUCUCGCUCCUCAUAGUGAUGGUGGUCAAGUUCCGUCUCUUCCACCGCUUCUUGGUCAGCUACAGACACUCCCUGCUGGAGGAGAGCGACGGGGUCAGCCAGUACGGCCAGGACCAUCUGCCCUUCCCCAGCAGCGUGAUGGGAAGGAUGGAAGAGAUUGGAGGGACUCCAGGAGGGCUGGAGGACGACGAUGACGGCUUCAUCGAGGAUAACUACAUCCAGGCCAGUGAGAAAGCAAGAGCUGAGAGAGGGGACGAGGAGGAGGAAGAGGAAGGGGACGAGAUAGAAGACAGUGAUGAUGAUCUUGAGUUCACUAUCGGGUGAUUAGAUAAAAGGGGGACUUCAUUAAAAACAGCUGGUUUGCAACUAGGGUAAGAUUUUGAUUAACAGUCGACAGUGACACAGUGAUUCUGAACCUUUCUGGACUAUGACCUCUUGAAAUGAAUCAUCAUCUAGCAUAUGUCUAUUAACUGUGAAGAGAAAGUUCCCCUCAAAAAGUCUCUUAUUGUUUCAUUUAAAUAGGCCAGAUGGGCAAAAAAUAUAGAUGUCACAAGAAAUAAGACAAGAUUUAAAGAAAAGCUGAAAAAAAUGUUUAUCAGAAUUUAUUUCUUGCUCUUUUUUGUGAUCUCUAAAAUGAUCUUGUGACCUUAUGCAGGAGUCCCAACACAUUGUCUGGAAACCCGUGAAAGUGCUGAAUAGAUGUAUAAUCAAAGUGAAAACGGAAUUAGACACAGAUGCUUCAAAAUGUCUGAAGCUUCAGUUAUGAUUGGACUUGUGUCCAAAAUGAGCACAUUUGUAAUGAUAGAAAUGUAUAAACAGAAGUUAUAUGAAUCUUUGAAAAAUGUUACUGUUUGUCUUUUAGUUCAUUUGAGCACAGUUUAGUAGUUGCAUCUCAUUAUAUACUUAAGCUAUGUAUGGAAGCCCUAAUAGGCAAGUGAGAAAAAGAAAAAAAAGUCUGAUACAAAUUGUUUUCUCUCAUGUAUUAAUUGC